GCUCGCCCCGCGGGGCUAUGAGGCCGUAGGGCCCGCGGGCCGGAGCAGCCUUCCACCGCCAGCAUGUUCGGCCGCUCCCGCAGCUGGGUGGGCGGCGGGCACGGGAAGGCCUCCCGCAGCAUCCACUCCUUGGACCACCUCAAGUACAUGUAUCACAUUCUGAGUAAAAACACAAUCGUGACAGAUCACAACCGCAACCUGCUGGUGGAGACCAUUCGUUCCAUAACAGAGAUCCUGAUCUGGGGGGAUCAGAAUGACAGCUCAGUGUUUGACUUUUUCUUGGAGAAGAAUAUGUUUGAGUUCUUCCUGAACAUCCUGCGUCAGAAGUCAGGUCGUUAUGUGUGUGUGCAGCUGCUGCAGACUCUGAACAUCCUUUUUGAGAACAUCAGCCAUGAAACAUCCCUGUACUACCUGCUCUCUAAUAACCAUGUGAAUUCUAUUAUUGUCCACAAAUUUGACUUUUCUGAUGAAGAGAUCAUGGCAUAUUACAUAUCGUUUUUGAAAACUCUUUCCCUGAAACUCAAUAAUCAUACUGUACAUUUCUUUUAUAAUGAGCACACUAAUGACUUUGCUUUGUACACCGAAGCUAUUAAAUUUUUUAACCACCCCGAAAGCAUGGUCAGGAUUGCUGUUAGGACUAUAACCUUAAAUGUCUACAAAGUGGACAACCAGCCUAUGCUGCAUUACAUUCGAGAUAAAACAGCAGUUCCUUAUUUCUCCAACCUCGUCUGGUUUAUUGGCAGCCACGUGAUAGAGCUGGAUAACUGUGUGCAGACUGAUGAAGAGCACAGAAAUAGGGGCAAACUGAGUGACCUGGUGGCAGAACAUCUUGAUCAUUUGCAUUACCUUAAUGAUAUCCUUAUCAUUAACUGUGAAUUUUUAAAUGAUGUGCUGACAGACCACCUACUUAAUAGGCUCUUUCUUCCCCUCUACGUGUAUUCCUUAGUAAAUCAAGACAAGGGUGGAGAGCGUCCGAAAAUAAGUCUCCAGGUUUCUCUUUAUCUUCUUUCUCAAGUUUUUCUGAUUAUACAUUAUGCUCCUUUGGUGAACUCCUUGGCUGAGGUUAUACUCAAUGGGGACCUCUCAGUGUUUUCUUCUAAGGUUGAGCAAGAUAUACAGAAAAACUCCGCAAAGUCAAGUAUCAGAUGUUUCAUAAAACCCACAGAAACACUUGAGAGGUCUCUUGAAAUUAACAAACAGAAAGGGAAGAAGAGGAUGCAGAAAAGACCCAACUAUAAAAAUGUUGGUGAGGAAGAUGAAGAGGAGAGAGGAUCUGAAGAUAACCAAGAUGACCUUGAUAAAAGUAGAGGUACAGAAGCAAGUUCAAAGGGUGUAAGGACGAGCACUGAAAAUGAAGAAAUAGAGAUGGUAAUUAUGGAGAGGUGUAAGCUGUCAGAGCUGUCCAUCUCUGCUGUGACAGAACAGAAUACAACAGAUGAAGAAAAGAGUGCAGCUGCUUCUGGGAGUGACAUGACAAACUGGAACAGGCCUUUCCUUGAUAUGGUCUACAAUGCACUGGACUGUCCUGAAGAUGAUUACUACGCCCUCUUUGUUCUCUGUCUUUUAUAUGCAAUGUCACACAACAAAGGACUUGACUCAGUCAAGUUGGAGAGAAUUCAACUUCCAGCUCAAAAUGCUGAAGAGAGAAAUUCCUAUAAUCAUGUCCUUGCAGAAGGGCUCAUCAGGAUAAUGAAUUAUGCUGCACAACCAGAUGGAAAGAUUCGUUUGGCAACUUUAGAACUUGGCUGCCUAUUGCUGAAGCAGCUUGUGUUUUCCAAAAAUGGCAGGAUCAUAAAAAGUGUACACCUUGAUUGUCUGGAGGGUGCAAGGGAGGAAAGUGUUCAUCUCCUUCGCCGUUUCUAUAAGGGAGAAGAAAUCUUUCUGGAUAUGUUUGAAGAUGAAUACAGGACUAUGACAAUGAAACCUAUGAAUGUAGAAUACUUGAUGAUGGAUGCCUCCAUCUUGCUGCCCCCAACGGGGACUCCUCUGACCGGGAUUGACUUUGUGAAGAGGUUGCCUUGUGGAGAUGUAGAAAGAACACGAAGAGCAAUCAGAGUUUUCUUUAUGCUCCGUUCACUGUCCCUGCACUUGCAAGGUGAGCUGGAAACUCAGUUACCACUCACGAGGGAGGGAGAUCUGAUAAAGGCAGAUGAUGUUCUGGAUUUGAAUAACAGUGAUCUGAUUGCUUGUACAGUCGUAACAAAGGAUGGGGGCCAAGUUCAAAGAUUCCUGGCUGUGGAUAUUUACCAGAUGAGUUUGGUUGAACCAGAUGUUGCCAGACUUGGAUGGGGAGUAGUUAAGUUUGCAGGCCUUCUGCAGGAUAUGCAGGUGACCGGAGUAGAGGAUGACAGCAGAGCCCUGAACAUCAUAAUCCACAAGCCUGCCUCCAGCCCUCACUCGAAGCCCUUCCCCAUCCUGCAGGCCACGUUCAUCUUCGCCGAUCACAUUCGCUGCAUCAUCGCCAAGCAGCGCCUGGCCAAGGGCCGCAUCCAGGCGCGGCGCACCAAAAUGCAGAGGAUAGCAGCUCUCCUGGAUCUUCCUGUUCAGCCUUCAACUGAAGUUAUGGGUUUUGGACACAGCUCUGGAGCUGCAGCCCAGCACCUCCCAUUUAGAUUCUAUGACCAGUCCCGGCGUGGGAGCAGUGACCCCACAGUGCAGCGCUCUGUCUUUGCAUCUGUUGACAAAGUCCCAGGCUUUGCUGUAGCCCAGUGCAUAAAUCAGCACAAUCCAUCCCCGCUCUCGUCACCGUCCCCUUCCAGUGGCAGUGGCAGUACAGGGCGCUGUGACUCAGUGACUGCAAGCUCGACAUCCACUCCUUCUGCUGCUCAGAGCCCAGCAGGUCUGGCAGGAAAGGACGCCGGCGGGUGUUUAGUCUGUCGGAGGCUGACAGUCACGGUGGACACUGGGUUUAGGCCUUCCAGCAGCAGCUGCAGCAGAAACUCCCGCAAUACCCACUCAGAUGAUGCUUCAGCUCCAGAGCAGCCUCUGACGGCCAGUUCCGGUCAGACGAUGUUGACUGAUGAAACUCUUGCAGCUGUUUCCAAGUCCGGCAGAAAUGCUGUAAAACCCAGUGACACAGAAACAGCCAACCUGUCUCCCAGCCUGAUUCCUGCCCAGCAGCCCACCAUAUCCUUACUCACAGAUGACAGCACGGACACGUUGAGUGUGGAGUCGCUCACACUGGUGCCACCAGUGGAUCCGCACAGCAUCCGAACAUUCAGCUGCAUCCCUCAGGCCUCUUUGCAGCCUGAAGUUGAGGUUGACAAGGUGAAAGAGGUAGAGGAGGAAAGUUCUGACUAAAGCCACCAUGCAGACCGUAAUAAACAGUGAAGGAAGUGCAACCAAAUUGUGAUUAUUUUUUUUUCCCCUCUGGGAGUGCAGAUACUUCUGGAGGCCUGAGAGGCCUCAGGCCCACAUGAAGGGACCAAGUGGUGACAGAGAAUGUCAGCAGUUUUCAGAGCCAACAUUGCAUACUCAGCAUAUCUGAACUGGGGAAGAGAGAAAAACCCAGACUUGUGAAUCUGGAUUGGUUCUUUCCUACCAGUUUAUGUUAUACAAGAACAUGAACAUGUUUCAGAGAACCUACUGUCUUUCUAAUAGGAACUAAUUUAUUGUAAAAGGUCUACAGUAUUAUGGCAAAGUGAAGAGACUUUUGGAUACCCAGCUUCAUGGUACUGCAUUGUUACGUCUCUGAAAUGGGAGAUGUGCCAUAGACCAGAAAAAAAUUAUAUAUUAUAGGACAGAGGUAAAAUUUCCAUUUGAGUCAGGGUGUGUUUUUUCAGUUUGGUGUUUGGUUCGGGGUUUUAUUUGUGGAACAGGGGUUUUGGGGUUUUAUUUGGUUUUUUUGGUUGGUUGGUUGUUUUUUUUUUUAAUCCUAAACUUGUUCAUCUUUUGGAGGUCUGCACAAUACCAGCAGGCUUGGCCACAUUCAGUAUUGUCUUUGUAGGACUCCAGACUUAAAUACUAUGUUUUCCAUAUUUAUUUAUUUCAAGGUUUGAUUCAAAGUUAAAACACAAUGCUUGUUCAAAUUAACACAAGGGAUUUUUGAGACUACUUUAGUCUUUGCUUAGAUGCCCAGAGAGGAAUGUAAAAUAUUUUACAAGAUUGCUAUAGCUUGUUUGUUCACUUCUGACAGUCAAAUUGCUACACAUCUGAGGAAUGGUGAUAUCCCUGCAACUGAAAGACAACUUCAAGAAGCAGACAGAAGCAGUUUUACUCUAAAGAGGUUUUUCAGAUUUUUCAUAGUCAUGUAGGAAGAAGGUCACCAUAUCUAAGUGAUAAUUCCAUUGCAAGUCUGAUCUCGAAAGGUAUUGUUUAUUUUUUUUCCUGUCUGGGAUGGUAUCUCAGUUAAACAACAUUAAACAUACGUAAAAGUGACUCUGAGUUCACAUUACUUCCUAGAUCCUGACACCAAGCUGACAGAAAAGGGAAAGAUGUUUCUUAAAGCUUGGAAUGUUCUUUGCUGAUUUGAUACAUAAUUUAACAUGAAAGGAAUUUCAGAUUUUUCAUCAAUUUCCAAGUAAGUUAAUUUAAGUUAAUAGUAAAUUGAGUAGCUUGUCAUUGCUGGUCUGUUCUCAACCCUGAGUUGGCAGUUCCUCAGAGGAGGGCUGCUGUUUACUUGGUAUUGAUUUUAGUCACCACUGCACUCUACUGGCAUUGAGUUCUUACCAAAUGGGUGAAUCUGCAACAUUUUUACCCUUUUCCCAGUUGCUUAUUGUACCUCUUCCUGGCUGUCAUAUAUAUGUGUGUGUAGAUAUAUGUGUGUAUAUACAUAUAGGUGUAUAUAUAGAUAUAUAUUCAUAUAUAUAUACACAUAUGAGAUUGACUAAUUCACAGGUACCACUUUUCUCACUUCUUCUGUCUUCUCCUUCACAUAAUAAUUGAAUCUUUGCCAGCUGGGUAUGUGAGGUGUCUGCCACUUGAAUGCCAGUAAUUUUUUUCCCCCUAUUUACUUUUUCAUGCAGUUUUGAUUUCUAAUUUUCUGUGACUUCUACUUUGUCUCAAAUUGAAUUAACUGAUAAUCUGACCAUUCCAGAGUGGCCCAAACUCUAAAUGAAUUCAGAGUUUAGGUGUCCUCAGCACUGCAGUGGAUUUUGUGUGAAAAUCUGGCAUUACUAGAGUAAGAGCCUGCUUUUUUGGGUUUUUUGUCUCAUGCUUAAGAUGAAUUUGCAUUCAUGCAGUCACUGUUGCAGCUAAUGUGCAUGUACCUGAACAGGCCUAGACACAUCAGUAGCAAUCUGGGCACAAGAACCACAUGAAUUUUUAUUAGCUGAACUGAUUGAAGUCUAGACUCUCUCUAAAAUGGUGCAGCAUUACACUGUAGUCUUAGUAAUAUUCUGGAGACCAUUAUAAAAAAUGCCUCACUUAAUUAGAAAUCAUUUUAUGUUAGUUAUUAACCUUAGAUUCUUGACCUAGAUUACAGAAAAUAUCACUGUGCAGGCUGAGUUCCCUUAAACAGAAGUAAUUUUAGACUGGAAAACCUUGAUCUUAAUUUAUCUCAUUUCAAAUUCAGUUCUAGUAAGAUUAGACCCACAAAGAGUCUCUUCAAUGCAUAUGAAUAAUCUCACCCCUGAGCUGUACUGCACAAGAAAUGGGGCAAAGGGAAAGAGAGGUGACUUUGUACUUUUUAUUACUUUUGAGUGGCUUUUCAAUCUCAUGAUCACUUGUCUAGUGAGAGCUUCACAGGAAAUGACUUAAAUACUGUUAUUAGGAAAAUAGAAGAAUAGGUCUACUGUUUAAUUGUGAUUACUUCAAGCAAUCCAGGAAUUCAGUAAUUGCCCUAGAAUUGUCAUUUCACUAGCAGUAAAAUAAACUUUAUGCUUGAAGAUGUAGGUAAGCUAUCAGACAAGCAGGUGAAACUGUGUGUGUAAGGAUGAAGCCACUUCCUAAAAGUAAACACUUCAGUGCUGUGCUGCUGUCAGUCACUCUUGGGGUGCUGCUGUCAGUCACUCUUGGGGUGCUGCUGUCAGUCACUCUUGGGGUGCUGUCAGUCACUCUGGGGUGCUGCUGUCAGUCACUCUGGGGUGCUGCUGUCAGUCACUCUUGGGGUGCUGUCAGUCACUCUGGGGUGCUGCUGUCAGUCACUCUGGGGUGCUGCUGUCAGUCACUCUUGGGGUGCUGCUGUCAGUCACUCUUGGGGUGCUGCUGUCAGUCACUCUUGGGGUGCUGCUGUCAGUCACUCUGGGGUGCUGCUGUCAGUCACUCUUGGGGUGCUGCUGUCACUCUUGGGGUGCUGCUGUCACUCCUGCAGGAGACAGGGAGCUCCAGAACAGCCUUAGGAGCAGGGGCACUGACCACCAGGGAGUAGUGGUCAGAAAACCCACACCAAAGUAAACAUUCUGCCCUUGUCUCCACUAACCAGCUGAAGUGAAACUUGCUUUUAAAAGAGCAUUGCCCAGGCAAGCAGCUGCUGCCUGGGAAAAGAAAUGGUUUAGUCCUGUAGUUGGAUCAGAGAUCUGCAGAGACAUAGCUGGGGGCAGGAGAUCAAGGCCUUUUGCUUCCAAGGUAAUUGGUCUCUUUCUUUCAGACAGCCUAAUGUAGCCAUCUAAAUACAUGUUGAAAAGUCUCUUCUUAACUGCUACUGUCCUUCUUGAAAGAGUUUUUUGGUGUGUCCCUGGUUCACCACACUGACCCACCUUAAGAUACCACUCACCUGGGCGCUGCUCUUCUAUUAUCUAGCAAUCUUUGGAGAAGUUCUCCUGUGCUUGCCUGCUGUGUUUCUCUUGACCUUCCCCAGCAUUUGCAGCAUGAAUUAGAAACAAAUAGAAUAAAUCUUGCCAUCUCCUACUGGAUUCUGAAAAGCAGAGGGUGAUCCAAGCAGGGCUUGCUAGGGUGGGAUGUUUUUAGGGGUUGGGAGGGGAGUAGUUCUUGGGGGUUUUUCUGCUGCUCAAUACUUGAGUAGCAACAAAGACAUAGGAGAUGCAGUUCUUGACUGAGUCUCAAACAGAGGGUUCUUUCAUAUGGAAACAUAUUUUUAUAUUACAUUUGUACAGAAUUUUCCCUAUUUUGAUCUCCCAGCAUUUUUAGAUUUGCACGUUGCUCAGUUUUGAUUUCUUUUGCAAGGUGUUAUAAAAUAUAUAUUUUGUGUUUGUUAAUGUAUCAUAAAUGUAAAGCUAAAUUUUGGUUGUCUAAUAAAUGUGCACUGUGGUGGUAUCUGGUUUAUUGUUUUGUUAACUUGAAUUGAUUGGUUCUUAAUAUGAAAAGGAAAAACUUGUCAUUGUUGGGGCUGUCUUGUUAGCAUAAAUAAAUGUGUUGAGUGCAUUUAUUUUAAAAGUAACCAAAAAUGGCUUAAGCAAGUAAUGACUAAGAAUACUUGAUAACAAAAGUUAAGGUCCAGACUAGUUCACAGGAUUCUUUUAAGAUCAUCAUCUGAGGAUUCUUGAAAUUUUUUUUAUCUUGUUUCCCAUUACUUUUAGUUAUGGAUACUCAUACUAAAGUGAGUUUAAGACACACAGUAAUUGCAAUCUUAUAGUCUGUAUGAGAUCUGAGGGUUAGUGUUUGGCUGUAUUUAAGGACUAACUGAGGCAAAAGUUCUUACAAUGAACAUGAAGAUAAUUUUUUUAAAGAUAGAUUGAGAAUAGAUUCAAGUAUGAAAUUUAUAGACUAUUAUGUCUAGGAGCUUUGUUUUGCCCAGGGACAGCACUAACUAUACAUUGUCACAACUUCAGGAAACAUUCUGGAAGCAUUGCAAACUUUAGAAGAUCAUUUUAGGCAUCUCCACUUGUAAAUAGCUGUGUUGAUAUUUUUGUUGCAAAUUUUUUCCUUCAUUUCUAGCUGCUUUGUAAGUUUGAUUGUUUUCAGUGCAAAGAGGUAGAAAUGUAUUUUUCUAGAAGAAUGAAUGUACCUGGGAUUUAAGCACUACAAAAAGCAUUUUAUGAACAUGGACUGUCCUCCUAUGAAAUAUAUUUCAGUAAAGUUGUCUGAAAUGUAGUUCAUUUGAGGAAAAAGAAGUCCUGAACCUGCACUUACAUUUACAUGGAAAAAAGCCCACACAUGGUGUGAAUUUAAUUCUGAAAUGUCUUUCUACAGGCAAUAAGUAUUAAUUAUUUAAUGUAGGGUAUGUUAGACACUUGGAGUAAAUGUGAUAUCUUAUGUUGAUUUAAAGAACAAUGUAACUAAGCAUCUGGGAAGGGAGUGGAAUUAGAAAAUAUUGGUGUAUGUUUCUGAAAUCCAGACUUCUGAGUCUGUAUUUGCUGGCAUUGAGAAUUUGUCAUGGCUAUUGAAAACCUGAACAAGAACAAGGAAGAGACCUUUCUUUGUAAAUGGAACUUGGCAAUAAAAAUGGUUUUACUAAGAGAA